CAGAAACAUAAUAAUGGAAAUAAUAAUCAAAAUAAUAAAACAGUUAAAUAUACAUUUGAAUACAAUGUCAAUGAUGAUAAAUCAAAAAAUUUUUUUGGUCAUCGUGAAAGUCGUAAUGAUGAUAUAACAAUUGGUAACUAUAAUGUACGUUUACCCGACCGAGUACAGCAUGUUAAUUAUCGCGUUGAUGAAAAUGGAUAUCAAGCAUCUGUGACAUACACCAUGGACAAUUUAAAUACCCCCAAGAUUAAUCCGUGAGACAAUUCGUUUUUUUUAUUAUUUAUAUACAUACAUAAACUUUAGUACCUUUUUUUAUUUUUCGAGGGAAAGUAAAUAGUAAAAAGAAUAAUAAUAAAAAAAAGAUAAAAGAAAAGUCUCCGAAGAAAAUAUAUAAAACUAAUGCAUCAAAGAUAUAUUAUGGAAUAUAUUUCAUAAUUUUGUUGUGAGAAAUGAGGUCAUACAAGUGUG